UUUCGAUUGUGACCGGAGGUGUUCCAAUCGCGUGCUUCUUGAAAAAGUAGCAAAAAUCCCCACAAAGCAUCAAAAUGGUGAAAGUCAAGUGCUCAGAGUUGCGUACGAAGGAUAAGAAGGAGCUCACCAAGCAGCUCGAGGACCUGAAGAAGGAGCUGCUGAAUCUGCGGGUGGCUAAAGUCACCGGUGGUGCUCCGUCGAAGCUGUCCAAGAUCCGUGUCGUUCGCAAGGCGAUCGCUCGCGUGUACAUUGUGAUGAACACGAAGACGAAGGAGAACCUUCGCAAGCUGUACAAGGGCAAGAAGUACGUGCCUCUGGAUCUGCGCCCCAAGAAGACCCGUGCUAUGCGUAAGGCCCUGUCCUUCCGCGAUGCCAAGCGGUUGACGCUGAAGGAGCAACGCAAACGUGCCCGCUUCCCGCGCCGCCGAUACGCCGUCAAGGCCUAAGAAGGGACUUGUGCUGGAACAUUUUAGCUAAGCUGCCUGGUGCGUGUGGGUGCCGCCGUUGGGUUCGUUUCGCAACCGAACUCGGAGAGGAAAAGAUCUUACUCUAGCGACACGGCUGAAGAACCUGUAUAUCGAGAUCGGUAUAAUACAAAACAACGUUUAUUGA